ACACAAGUCUGUUGUAAGGGAAGAGACAUCUUUAAUUCCUGGAGUUUGGAUUAUAAAAGCAAUGGCUACAGCAGAACAGUAUAAUUUGGAAGGCUUAGAAAUUGGACUUUUGAAUCAGCAGCUAUAUAUACCUCAUAAAAUUUGUAUAUCUACAAAUCGUAAGUAAUAAAUGCAAUGUUCUAGUAAGAUUUAGUUUAACAUUUAAUCUAUUUUAAGAAAAACUUAAAUUUGAGAUGUGCAUGAUAUACAUAAUUACUGUUUCUUACAAUAUUUAAUAAAUUUACAUGUUCUUUCCUGUUCCCCAAGUAACGAAUUAAAUAUAAUGAAAAAUUAUUAAAAAAUGAAAAAUAUAUAAAUUUAUAAGAAGCAUUUAAAUGUUUUGAAACAAAUUUACAUAGAUUUAAGAUUUAUUAUCGUAAAUUUUGUAUGGACAAAUUUUUAUUGGACAAACAGCGAAAUUCACGUGAUUAAUCUUAUCCAAUGAGUGUUGAAAUUUUUUUCAUUUUAUAUUAACCGAGAAAUAAAUCGAUGAUAUAGUACUAUUAUUUUGAAAAAAUACUUGAAAGUGAUAAGAAAUAUAGAUCGCACGUUAAGAACUUAAAGAUAGUUAUAAAUCAUCUUGAAUCAUUAUUUUAUUUGUUUCUUUCGUAUAUGUUAUAAAUCGUACGUAUAUAUAUAAUAUCAUAAUAUAUAUCCUCUUAAAUAUGUUUUUUAUCUUUCGAAUUCUUUUAUGUGAAACAAUAAAAAAUUUAUCAAGAAAAUAAAUAUUAGGUUGUCUUUCGUUUUUAAAUACUGCCAGAUAAAAUAGCUGCGUGCAGAUAGCAUAUAAAUUAUAAAUUGUUUCUCUUCCUUCUCCCUCUCUCUCCUCUCCCUCUUACUCUCUGUCUCUCUCUCUCUCUCUCUCUCUCUCUCUCUCUCUCUCUCUCUCUCUCUUUUUCAUAAUCUGAUGUCAUAAGUCGAUCACGUUAUCUUGUUCAAUAUUGUGAUUGUUUAUUUAUUUUAUUUAUAUCAAUUCCAUGAUAAUUUAAUAUUGGUUUAUGCACAUAAUUUAAAAAUUAUUUAAAAAUAGUUUUUACAAAGACAUAUGUUAUGGAUUUAUUAUUAUAAAAUUAAAAAAAAGAGUGUGCGCGCGUGCGUCUUGUGCAUAUGUGUGUGUGUAUUCGAAUUAUAAAAAAGAAGAUAUAAAAAAGAGAAAUUAAAAUUUAUUCUUAAUUAAAAAAUAGUGAAAAUAUAGAAGUGAAAAUGACCUGUAUUACAUUGUUUUUACAAUGGUAACGAUUACUAUUGUUCUGUAACAGUUUAGUGAAAGAUUGUAGUAUUCAAUCUGUUUUAAAAAUGAGUGAUGAUAAAAUAUCAUGCAUAGAUAUUCCGUUUUUGUUACCUUCUGUGAAAAAGGAACAGCAAGACUUGGUAGAGAAAGCAAUUGAUUGGGCACUUAUGCAUGGAAUGUGUAUGAGAUCAAAAACAAAUUUUAAUAGAAAUAUGUUACAGUUUGCACCAUUUGUUCUUUUACCAUCGCCGUUUCCUAGAAAAGAAUUUAAAAAUGCUUGUGGUAUUCAAACUAUAUUAAAUGUUCUUAUACAUAAAGUAGCACACGAUUAUAAUUUUUUAAAAGAAACUUUACAAGAAACAAUAAAGGUUGAUAAUUUUACUAAAAAACUUUUUGAUAUAUAUGAAACUGUCUAUAAUGAAGGAUUUACACAGAAAAUUUCUUUGGGUUUACUUCGAUCAGAUUUAAUGUUAGAUACUAGUUGUGCAGAAGAAAAUGAAUGUAAGAAACAUAUACCUUAUUGUUGUUGGAAGCAAGUUGAGAUAAAUACAAUUGCUUCUGGAUUUGGAUGGUUAGGUCCAAUAUCCACGCAGUUACACAGAUUUGUAUUACAAGAACUUGGAUAUAAAGAUCAGUUAAGUAAUCUUCCUGAAAAUAAUACAUUAGAAGAGUUAUGCGCAGCUAUGAUUGAAGCAUGGAAGUUAUAUGGAAAUUCACAAGCUAUUAUUUUAUUUAUAGUUGAAGAUGUUUCUUAUAAUAUUUGUGAUCAACGUUUUCAUGAAUUUGAAAUAAGAAAGCAAAAUCCUAAUAUAAAAGUAAUUCGCCGUACUCUGACUGAUAUGAUUACUAUUUCCAAAUUGGGGACUAAUAAGGAAUUAAUAGUGGAAGAUUAUAUUGUAUCGGUAGUUUACUAUAGAUGUGGUUAUGAACCUGGGCAAUACCAUACAGAAAAAGAAUGGGAUAUUAGAUUAUUAAUAGAAAGAUCUUCAGCAAUUAAGUGUCCAUCUAUACAAUAUCAUUUAUCAGGAACUAAAAAAGUUCAACAAGCUCUUGCAAAACCUGGAAUUGUUGCAAGAUUUUUAAAAGAUGAAAAAAAUGUAACAAAUAUUAAAGAAAUAUUCACUGGUUUGUAUGCUCUUGAUUUUGAUGAACAUGGAGAUAUAGCUAUAGAAAUGGGUAUUCAAAAUCCUGAACAAUUCGUAUUAAAACCACAAAGAGAAGGUGGAUGUAACAACGUGUAUGGAACAGAUAUAAGAAAGUUCUUGUUAUAUAUUAAAGAUAAACAAGAACGUGCAGCUUGGAUUCUUAUGGAUAAAAUUAUUCCACCAAUUCAUUUAAAUUAUAUGAUUAGACCAGAAAGCCAUAAUUAUUUAGAGCCAAAAGAAUUAGUUUCAGAACUGGGAAUUUUUGGUGUUAUUAUCGCUGAUGAUAAAAAUAUAUAUGUUAAUAAAAAGGCUGGUCAUAUGUUAAGAACAAAGUUAGCUAUUGCCAAUGAAGCUCUACCAGAUGUUAUUCAUGCAAUAGCAAAAUAUGAAAUAGGACACGAACCAAGAGAAUUAUAUUUUUUCCGAGAAGGUACAGUUGUUAUGUGGAAUGUUUCUGAUCUGGAAAGUGGGAACAUAUUACAAUUUUUAAAAUUUUAUGAAGAAAAUAGUUAUACAUUAGAAUUAAUUCAUGCUGAAAGCGAAUUAAUGACUUAUACGUAUACAGAGAGUGGAAAGAAAUGUCAUAUCAAGGAUGGAAAUAUAAUACUUACACGGGAUGCUACAAACUUAGAAAAAUAUACAUUUUCCAAUGCAAUAGCGCAGUCUGUAAAACUCGGAAUCUGGGAGACAUCAUUAAGUCAUUAUAUAAAUACAGUAGAAUUUGUAACGGAAGAUUUAAGAACUGGUAAAAAAUUGCGAAUGUCGCAACGUGAGGUCCUUAGGAAACAGGGUGAAUUAUUUGCAUUAAGGCAUUUAAUUAAUCUAAGUUCGGAUUUAUUGGAUACACCUGAUUUUUAUUGGGAACGAGAUGAUCUAGAAAACUUAUAUCAACAAAUAUAUGGAUACUUUAAUAUAGCAAAGCGUACAAAGGUGAUGAAUGAAAAGCUAAAUCAUUGUGUGGAGCUUGUCGCAAUUCUUUCAAGUCAUUUGAGCGAUCGACAUCACAUUCGUUUAGAGUGGAUGAUCAUAGUUCUAAUAAUGGUAGAAGUUGCAUUUGAAACAUUACAUUAUGUAGAUAGAUAUCUUGUAAAAUAGAAAUUACCACAAUUUUCCUAUGCAUAUAUUACGCAUACAUUAUUAAUAUGUAUGGUAUUUAUACGUUCAUCGAACUAUUGUAUAUAUAUUGUAAAAUUUAUUUUGUAAGGCAUAUAUGUGUACGUUAUUUUGUUCAUUUUUUGUUAAGAUAAUAUUUUAUUAUUUAAUAAGUAAAUUGUACGAAUAUUGCAAUUUAUAUGUUGUUAGGGCCAUUUUUUUGGUCUUUUUAAAUACUGUUUCUUUAUCGGUUUAGAAUUUGUCGAAUUUAAAAUAGAUUAAAAUAUAAAAA